AUGCAAAAUAUAACAUCAAACAUAUCACUUGAUAAUAAAUUUUGGGACUAUUUCAAUGAUGUACGCAACGCAACGGAUACCGUCGACACUGUGCCGGCUUCCGAUCAGGGUUUCGUUGUGGGUAUAUACAGCACGCUGUUUGUAGUGGGUGCAGUUGGAAAUGCUUGUGUGUUUGUGGCUUUAGUGCGCUCACGGAGGCGAAAAUCAAGGGUUAAUCUCCUAAUGACACAUCUAGUGGUUGCGGACUUGAUAGUGAUCUUCAUUGUGAUUCCACUCGAGAUUGGAUGGCGAACGACGAACGCAUGGUUGGCUGGGAAUAUGGCGUGCAAAGUUUUUUUAGUUCUACGAGCCUUCGGACUUUAUCUAUCGUCAAACGUUUUAGUCUGUAUAUCAUUAGACAGAUUCUUCGCAGUACUUUAUCCUUUACGCUUGGCGGUGGCAAGAAAUAGGAGUAAAACUAUGUUGCUAUUCGCAUGGCUGGUUGCGUUCCUAUGCAGUUUACCACAGAGUCUAGUUUUCCGUGUUCUCCAUCAUCCGACAGUUCCAGAUUUUCAACAGUGCGUCUCCUUCGAAGCAUUUUCCAAUCAACACCAGGAGCUCGCUUACAACGUGACAUGUUUGAUUGCAAUGUACUUCUUUCCAUUGAUCGUUAUCACUGUGUGUUAUGCUUGCAUAUUUUGGGAAAUCCAUAACAAUUCGAAGGAAAUAUCGGGAAAAUCAUUGUCAAACGAAAGUGGUCGAAUACAAUUGCGGCGGUCCGACCAGCGUCCGCUAGCCCGUGCCCGACGUCGCACCCUUCGAAUGACUGUCACAAUAGUCAGUGUUUUUGCCUGCUGCUGGCUUCCUUAUGCUACCAUGACUUUAUGGUAUAUGUUCGAUCGCAAGUCAGCAGUGCAUGUAUCAGCUAAGGUCCAAGAUCUGUUCUUCAUCAUGGCUGUUUCAAAUUCCUGCAUGGAUCCGCUGGUCUACGGCUCAUUUACGUUGGAUAUGAACAUUAUUAAUCAGAAGUUGAGGAAAUUCUUCAAAACACACCGCAAUACCUGCGAGGCUAACCAUUUAUCGACCCUUGAGAACUAUGGCAGCAAAACAACCAAAGAAACAGUUCGGCCGAUUACUGUGAGUUUAAAAUAG